AGAGAGUUCUCACACAGGCAGAAUAAAGAACAGCGUGCUGAGUGAAACUAUCUUGCGGAAUGGCCGACUGUAGUUGUGACUGAGUGGUUGCAGUUUCUUAAGUUUUGUUUUGUAAAAUCAAGCUGUUUUGAAAUAAAAGCACUGAUAAUGACUCAACAACUUUACAUUCUCUUUGAACAUGCAGCAGGGUAUGCUCUGUUCAAAGUAAAAGAGUUUGAAGAGAUUGGUGCUUUACUACCACAAGUUGAAGCUUCUUCUUCUGAUGCUAGCCGAUUCUCUCAAAUUGUCAAAUUGGUGUCAUUUAUCCCUUUCAAAAGUGCAGUUAUUGCAUUGGAAAAUAUCAACAGCAUUUCUGAGGGUGUUCUUCCAGAAACAUUGCAAGUUUUUCUGGACAAAAAUGUACCGCAGUCAACAAAAAAAGAGAAAGUGGUGCUGGGAGUUGGGGACAGCAAACUUGGAGCUAGUAUAGUAGAAGCCUUGACCAUAACUUGCCAGCACACAGGACCUGUUCCAGAGAUAAUUAGAGGUAUUCGUGCCCAUUUCCACAAGCUGGUGAAAAAUUUCACAAUCAAGUCUUGUGGCACGGCUCAACUCGGUCUGGGGCACAGUUACUCCCGGGCUAAGGUCAAGUUCAAUGUUCACCGAGUGGACAACAUGAUUAUCCAGAGCAUUGCCCUCCUCGAUCAGUUGGACAAGGACAUCAACACUUUCUCCAUGAGAAUAAGAGAGUGGUAUUCAUAUCACUUUCCGGAGCUGGUGAAAAUAGUGCCAGAGAACUACACUUACGCCAGAGUUGCUCAGUACAUCAAGAACCGAAAGGAGUUGACAGAAGACAAACUUGAAGGAUUAGAGGAGCUGGUGAUGGACAGUGCAAAGGCUCAAACUAUUCUUGAUGCUGCAAGGUCUUCAAUGGGUAUGGACAUAUCAGUGAUAGACCUGAUGAAUAUAGAGACUUUCGCUCGCAGAGUGGUGAGUCUAUCGGACUACCGCAAGCAGCUCACUGAAUAUUUGCACAGCAAGAUGGAGGGUGUGGCCCCUAAUCUAGCACAGCUGAUAGGAGACCAAGUGGGCGCUAGGUUGAUUGCCCAUGCAGGCAGUCUAACCAAUCUUGCAAAAUAUCCUGCAUCAACAGUACAAAUACUAGGAGCUGAAAAAGCUCUUUUCAGGGCUCUUAAGACAAGAACCAAUACACCAAAGUAUGGACUCCUGUUUAAUUCUACAUUCAUUGGAAGGGCUGGCCAAAAAAACAAAGGCCGUAUCUCUAGAUACCUUGCAAAUAAAUGUUCCAUAGCAUCUCGCAUUGAUUGUUUUGCAGACACUCAAACAGCAGUAUAUGGCGAGAAGCUGAGACAGCAGGUGGAAGACAGGCUGAAGUUCUACGAAACUGGGGUGAAACCGAAGCCUAAUGUUGAGGUGAUGACAGAAGCCCAGGAAGCAGUUACUCUUGAGGCUGCAGCAGAAAAUAAGAAGAAGAAGAAGAAGAAGGAGAAGAAAAGAAAGCUAUCGGGAAAUGGGGAUGAUAACAAAUUAAAUGGAUCAUUCUUCGCAGAGGAUGAUACUGAGAAUAAUACCCAAGAAAAUGGAGAACCUCCUAAGAAGAAGAAGAAAAAGAAGAAGAAGAAGUCUAUUGGUGCUAAUGGAGAAGUUCCUUAAAUGUAACUGGUUCUUAUGUAGGCUAAGAUUAAGUUUUAAAACUACUUUAUAAUUAUUAACUUUUACUAUGAACGAUGUGUAAAUAUAAUAUGGACACUGGAAAAAGGAUAUUAGAAACUCUAGCCAUAAUUAUUAAAGUAGUACAAAAAAGUAUUUUACAUUCUGACAAGCACAAAAUGUGCUUCAGAUUUGAAUAAAGUUAUUAUUCAAAAAGUGCAAACUGCAACUUAUUGAAAUACUUACAUGGUUUAAUUCUAAAAUCUUUUCUCUCAAAUAUGGAUUAUAUUAACUUAUAGUUUGGUAAUAGCAAUAGAGUAUCGUGCUUAUUUAUAGUAUAGUUUUAGCUUGUAAUACAAUUGUAAAUGGUUUUUAUAAUUAUUUUCAAACAAAGCUCCAUUGGUUGCAAUUUUUCUGUUUUAGUAAAUUUAUUUACAUAAUAUAGGGAUAAAAUCAAUAUCUGUUUUACAGUUAUUGUUUUAAUGAAAACAUGUUGUUAUCUACAUUAACAAUACAAUCUUUGAUUUUACAGUUUGUACCCGAAAAUGUAAAUAGUGUAAAUAAUUCUUAUUUUGUGUUUAAUGAAAUUAUAAAAUUAUAUUGCAAUAAUAUAA